GUUAGCCAGAUUCACCGGACAAUGGGAUACCGACCUCCUAGUUACUUAUCUGAAACUGGAGUCACCGAGAUUGUUGAGGCGCAGAGUAGGGACGUGGAGGCCGCACUGGAAAACAUCCAUCCUCUUGAGCGCGAGCGAAUGAGGACUUUGGCUGCAGAAGCACUGGAGGGGCAUAGGCAAAUGUGA